GGUCAAAGAAAAAAAUUUCGAAGUGUAUUAUAAUAUAGGCUAUUUGACCCAAUUACCACUUCCAAUAUCUGCCAUUAAAUUGAAAUUAUUGAAUCAAUUCCAGAUUUUCCGUCGCCCGUCUGCUCCCUACUCCGGCGCUGCCUCAGCCUCAACCAGUCAACCUCCUCCUCCUUCCUCCGGUGACAGAUUUCUAUCUUGCUCAGACCUUAGUUGCUCCGUAACGUAAGGUGUCCCGGUCUGUAACCUUCGUUGCAGGCUUGCCACGUUGUGGCUCCGGUGAUUCUUCCGGCGGCAAUCGACAACCCUCACAGCAGAAGAAGAAGGCAAUUAGCAGUUCUUCAUUGCUUGAUCUGGAAGCGCAGAAGCGGCACUGCCAUCUGCCACGGCCUUUACACUCACUGAAUUAAAAUCCUGGCUCUGCCCCUGGGUGGUAGCCUUUGCAUUGGUAUGGUGUAGCUGUGUUGUGGUGGGGCGGCGUAGAGUGGGAAGAAAAAGAUGAUAAAUUUUUUCUAUAUUUUUGUUUUUCUAAAGUUUGGAUAAAAACGUAAGUUGGACUAAGAUUUGGUACCUUUUGCUCCAAUUCUAGCCUUAUUCACGGAGAGGGGGAAAAGCGGCUAUGCGUUUUUCAUUUUUUGUGCUGCAGUGAUUUCGAGAGGAUAAGUCAUCUCCUUCAUCACCAAACUUGGAAGGAUCUGAAGUCUAUUAGAUGCAGACCGCUAACUCCUCUGCAGAAGAAGAGAUAUUUCGAGUUAGGAAAUUGGAGAUCGCUGACAAAAACAAGGGUUUCAUUGAACUACUUCAACAGCUGACUGUUUGUGAUUCUGUCUCUGAUGAGAGAUUUCAAGAACGAUUUCAGGAGCUCGCUAUAUAUGGGGACGACCAUCUUGUAUGUGUAAUAGAAGAUGACAAAUCAGGGAAGAUUGUUGCCACUGGGAGUGUGUUCAUCGAAAAGAAAUUUAUAAGGAAUUGUGGCAAAGUUGGUCAUAUUGAAGAUGUGGUGGUAGAUUCCAGUGUUCGAGGCAAACAAUUAGGGAAGAAGAUAGUCGAGUUCCUCUCAGAUCAUGCUCGAUUAACAGGGUGUUACAAGGUGAUUCUUGAUUGCAGUACCAAUAACAUACCAUUUUAUGAGAGAUGUGGUUUCAAGCAAAAGGAAGUUCAGAUGGUGAAGUACUUCAUUUGAUGAAUGUUCCAACUGUUCUCAUGUUUUAAAACCUCUUUAAAUAUGCGAUUGCAAUACGGAUUGGUUUAUACUUCCUCUCUCCAUCUGAUAUGUUUGCUUUAUUGUCA